CCCCCGGUGGGUCACGUUGCUCGGCCGUGUCCUGUGACGUCACGAGGGGCGGGUCUUCACCCACGGAGUCGGAGGGGACAGACCCGCAGCGUUGUUUUGAAUUCGCUCGAAAACACCGACGGGAGGACGGGGGCUCGCGCCUGCUGAGAAGAUGGCGGAUGUCGGAGGCGAAGAGACUCGGUCGGCUUUCCUGAAGCCGUCCCGCAACGGUCCGGCCGGCGGCUCGUCGGCGCGCGCCGCGGGCCACAUCGCCGCCACGGUAACGUCGGGUCCGCGGAUGGUCAGGAUUGUCAAGUCGGAGUCCGGCUACGGCUUCAACGUCCGCGGUCAAGUCAGCGAAGGGGGGCAGCUGCGGAGCAUCAACGGGGAGCUGUACGCGCCCCUCCAGCAUGUCAGUGCGGUGCUACCGGGAGGUGCGGCGGACCGAGCCGGGAUUGUGAAGGGCGACCGGAUCCUGGAAGUCAACGGGGUCAGCGUGGAAGGUGCGACCCACAAACAGGUGGUGGACCUGAUCCGGGCCGGAGAGAAGGAGCUGGUUCUGGCCGUUCUGUCCGUCCCGCCUCAGGAAGCUGACGGCCUGGAAGGCGAGGACAUCCAGCCCAACUACGACUACAGCGACAAGCAGGCCGUGCCCAUCUCCAUCCCCACGUACAAGCACGUGGAGCAGCACUCGGAGAGGUUUGUGGUGUACAACGUGUACAUGUCCGGCAGACAGCUGUGCUCAAAGCGCUACCGGGAGUUCGCCAUCCUGCACCAGAACCUGAAAAGGGAAUUCUCCAACUUUAACUUCCCCAAGUUUCCCGGUAAAUGGCCCUUCACCCUCUCUGAGCAGCAGCUGGACGCUCGCCGUCGAGGCCUGGAGGAAUACCUGGAGCGAGUCUGUUCGGUUCGGAUCAUCGGUGAGAGUGACGUCAUGCAGGAGUUUCUCUCUGAAUCAGACGAGAAUUACAACGGCGUGACGGACGUGGAGCUGCGGAUACUGCUGCCCGACAAAACCACCAUUUCUGUCCGAGUCCGAAAGAACAGCACCACCGACCAGGUGUACCAGGCAUUAACGCUGAAGGUUGGGAUGGACAGCGUCAUGGCGAGCUACUUCGCCCUUUUUGAAGUCAUCAAUCAUUCCUUCGUGAGGAAGAUGGCGCCCAACGAGUUCCCUCACAAACUGUACGUCCAGAACUACACGUCAGCGGUUCCCGGUACCUGCUUAGCUCUCCGGAAAUGGUUAUUCAGCGUCCAGGAGGAGGAGUUUCUGCGCGAUAAUCCACUGGCGCUUCACUACUGUUUCCAUCAGGCGCUGGAUGAUGUGAAGAAGGGAUUCAUAAAAACGGAGGACAAAUCCUACCAGCUGCAGAAACUGGCCGAGCAGCACAAGAUGGCCACGUACCUCAGCCUGUUGCGGACAUGCGAGGGCUACAACGAGGUGAUCUUUCCUCACUGCGCCUGCGACUCCCGCAGGAAGGGUCACGUCAUCACAGCCAUCAGCAUCCAUCACUUCAAGCUGCACGCGUGCACGGAGGACGGCGCUCUGGAGAACCAGGUGAUCUCCUUCGAGUGGGCGGAGAUGCAGCGCUGGGACACGGACGAGGAGGGAAUGGCUUUCUGCUUCGAGUACGCCCGAGGAGAGAAGAAACCUCGCUGGGUGAAGAUCUUCACGCCAUACUUCAACUACAUGCACGAGUGCUUCGAGCGCGUCUUCUGUGAGCUGAAGUGGAGGAAGCAGGUUGAAGACGAAGCUUCUGACAAAGACAACAAAAACUGCAGCAACACUGAAUAUCUGCCUCCUCUGGAGACGCAGCAGAAAGGAUGGCGCCACCUAGGGGGGGAGAUCGCCACGUCCUAAUGCCGCCCGCCGUCACACGAUCUAGAACUGGUCCACUCGCAUCAUCACAGCCACCCCAGAGAGUGCCCAUCAGGAAGGAGAGGCCCGGCGGCGCCGCAGAAGGGGCGGAGCCAGCAUCCAUUCAGUAUUCUUCCACUCAUCUUCUCCUUCCCGCAUCCGUCCUGUGAUUGGCUGAACUCGGGAUGAGAGGGAGCCGUCUUCCCGUCACCAAGCGUCCCAGUGGAGCUCACGGCGAGGACGAAGCGCGGCGCUUAUUUCUGAUGAACUCGAAGCAGGAGCGAGCGAGCCGACGGGAGGAGCUGGAGGAAAUUCCUUUUGUUUUCCGAUGAAGGAAGGAAGCGGAGUCUGUGAGCCUCUGUGUUUUUGUGGACGAAUUCUGAUCAUUUGUAUGUUUAACAAUCUGCAAAGAUAUGGAUUAAUAUAAGAGCUCACAACAAAUGUGACUUCUUGAAACACUAAAUGGAUUGCAUUGAAAAUGCUCAAACUAAUCCUGAUUGGUCACCGGGUUCCUGAGCGACGUCUGUUGGCGGUCCGCCAUCAAUCUGAGCGCCGGGAAAUUUAUAUCCGCUGCAAAUCUUUUAUGGCGGCAGUUUGGAAGUCCCGCUCCUGCAGAAUAACCCCCCCGACAAAAGGUUAAUGAGACCCAGCGUUAAUAUUAUACCUUUUACACGGAGAUCGCCGCGCCGACUGUGAAUCAUGACGGCCGCAGUACCCGCAGCGGACAGCAGGGGGCAGCAGAGUGUCGGGGUGAGGAGCUGAUCUCCCCUCAGGAGCUAUAACUCACCCAGCAGUAUCACCCCCCCCCCAUGCUGUGGGGGGGGGGGCUGUCGGCUGCAUGCGGCUGCAGCUGCGCAGGCCCCCGAUCGCACAUGGAAGCAGUGUUAUUCUGAGGUUCUGCUCUCAGACGGGUUCUCAUCCCUGUUCACCGAGGGGGGAGGGGCGGGGGGUGUCUCCACAAAGGGCUGGUUGAUCUUUUUAUCAUUUUGACUAAAUCAUUUCUGAGUCGCAGUGUUUUCCGUGGAGUUCAGGCGCCGUUUCGCUCACAGGUUUAUUUUUGCUGGCGGUGGGCGGGGCUACCUCUGAGCAGGUGUGCUGAUGAUGAAGACGGUUUUGUCUCUGCCGCUGUGACGUGUCAUCCAGUCGUUCCUCGCCGCGGCGCAGGUCUGCAUCUGCAGGACGGACUGGACGCCGUCUGACCUUCUGUGAUUGAGAGGCGGCGGUGUGAAUGUGCGCGCAGCCUCGCCUGUCCUCCACGGCGCUCUCCCAUCAUGACGGGGGAUGCGGUUGCCGUGGCAGCGCCACGUCGGCUCAGAGCAGCCGCUCUCUUUUCUCCUCGGCAGCCCCUGACUCGCUCCCUGAAGCCUGUGCUGGAAGUCGUGUUUCUCGCCGUUCGUUCUCGUGCUGCUGUGAAUAAGCUGCUUUCUGUACGUUUUUCUCGUGGUUCGUCUCGUCUGCGCCGGGCGCCAUCUUACGCCCGUAACGGCCGUGUCAGGUGUCCCUUUUGUUUUGUUCUUUGGCGUUCAGAUGAACUCACAGGCGACGUAUCUGUGGGACGUCAUUGGACUGACCCGGCGGUUCUGAUCUGACAGAAUCUGAACUGUAACGCUGGUCCUGAAAUCAGCAGGAAAACGGGUUUUCCGUUUGUAGAUUCAGGCUUUAAAGUUUGCUGUUGCCAUGGCGACAUGAGUUUGGUGUCAGAAAGGAAGUGGCUGAGUGUGUCGUCAGGAGGUUCUGAGUGUUAAGAGUUCUGAAGCUUUCAACAGAACCGGCGGUUCUGAAAAGCCUCCAUGUGAUUCUCUGCUUUGAAGAAGGUCUCCAGGAAGACGAACGCUCCGAACGCUCCGAACGCUGCGGACGCUCCGGACGCUCCGGACGCUCCGAACGCUCCGAACGCCCCGGACGCCCCGGACGCUCCGGACGCUCCGGACGCUCCGGACGCUCCGAACGCUCCGGACGCUCCGAACGCUCCGGACGCUCCGAACGCUCCGGACGCUCCGAACGCUCCGGACGCUCCGGACGCUCCGAACGCUCCGGACGCUCCGGACGCUCCGGACGCUCCGAACGCUCCGGACGCUCCGGACUCUCCGAACGCUGCGAACGCUCCGGACGCUCCGGACGCUCCGAAUGCUCCGGACGCUCCGAACGCUGCGGACGCUCCGGACGCUCCGGACUCUCCGAACGCUGCGAACGCUCCGCCUCGUUUGUCCCAGGAAUGUUUUCUAAAUGAAUACGUCUGACAGGAAACGCACUCCUCUAUUUUCUCCAGAUCUUAACUUUCAUUGAUUUAAAAAAUUCUGAUGAUUUGGGGGAAACGAUUGCGAGACGCUUUUCUCCACCAAACCGCCGGUCUGCCUGAAGGUCCGGAGGACGGAGCGGAGCUGCCGAGAUUUUCUAAGAUCAUCCUUCAAGGUUUACUAACCUCAUGUAAAAUUAAAAAAACAGAAAAACUUUUCAAGAUGUUGUGUAGAGUAAAAAAAUGUAACAAUAUUUUAAAUAAAGUUAUAUAUUGGGAAGAAAA